CCCACCACCACUCACCACCACCAACCACUCACCACUACUCUCCACCAACCACUCACCACUCACUCCCCACCAACCACCACUCACUCAUCACCACCACCCACCACCACCCUCGCCUCUAUCUCCCCAUCUCUGCCCUCUCCCCUCCCCGGGAUUCUCUCUCGUGUCAUCUCGGCGUCGUGUCCCGUCUCCCUCUGUCCAUCUCACUAAGUGCGGGGUCCUCCUUUCUCGUGCCGCUGCCUUAUUCACCUUCAUUCACUUGGAUUCGCAAUCGCUUCUUCUCAUCCCCUAAAUAUCGUGGAUUACUCUGUGAUUUAAGAAGGAAAGAAACAUAAUAAUUUGCGGUCAAAUCCGAGCCGGUGUCCCGAGCAAGAAGAGCGGAGGAGGAGGCGGCGGCGAGCAGCAGCAGCAGCCAUGAGCGGUUCUGCCCAUUCCCCCCCAAGCAGCGAGCAGAGUAUCUGCCAGGCCCGUGCCUCCGUCAUGAUCUACGACGACACCAACAAGAAGUGGGUGCCGUCGGGAGGCUCGCUGGGAUUCAGCCGUGUGCACAUCUACCACCACACGGGCAACAACACCUUCCGCGUCGUCGGGCGCAAAAUCCAGGACCACCAGGUGGUGAUAAACUGCGCAAUAAUCCGCGGCCUCAAGUACAACCAGGCGACGCCCACUUUCCACCAGUGGCGCGACGCGCGCCAGGUCUAUGGCCUGAACUUCGGCAGCAAGGAGGACGCGCACGUGUUUGCCAGCGCCAUGAUGCACGCCCUGGACGUGCUGAAUGCCCAGGAGCCUGGUGAGGACGGCCGCGGAGGGGACACCCACGUCCCGCCACGCACGCACGACCAGCCUGGACCCAUGCUCCAGCGACAGAAUUCCCGCACGCAGCAUCAGCCAUCACAUCCGCCCCAUCCCCAGCACCCACCGCACCCACAGCAGUCCCAGCACCCGCAGCACCCAAAUGGACCCCUUCCACUGGAGCUGGAGAUGCAGAGGAGGCAAAUGCAGGAGCGGCAGCUGCAGGUGGCGGAGCGGCAACGUCAGAAGGAGCUGGAGCAGGAGCGCGAGAGGCAGGAGCAGGAGAGACAGGAGCUCCUGGAGUGCGAGCGUCUCGAGAGGGAACGACAGGACCGGGAGAGGCUGGAGCGCCUGGAAAGAGAGCGCGUGGAGAGGGAGAGACAGGACCGCGAGCGGCUGGAUCGCAUAGAACGGGAUCGGCAGGACCGCGAGCGUCUGGAGCGGCAGGAGAGGGAGCGCCUGGAGAGGGAGCGCCAGGACCUGGAGCGUCUGGAGCGCCUGGAGAGGGAGCGGCAGGACCGGGAACGGCUCGAGAGCGAGAGGCAGGAGAGGGAGAAGCAGGAGCGCGAGCGUCAGGAGAUGGAGCGCGCGGACCGUGAGCUGCUGGAGCGACUGGAGCGUGAGCACCGCGAGAGGGAGCGCCGCGAGGAGGAGCGCGUGGAGCAGGAGCGGGCGGAGAAGGAGCGGGAGCGCCAGGAGAAGGAGCGCCUGGAGCACGCGGAGCACGAGAGGCUGGAGCAGGAGAGGCUGGAGGCCCAGCAGAAGGAGAACGCGGCAUACGAGGACGAGGAGGACGAGGGCCUCGAGGGUGUAGAGGACUUGCCCGUUGGGCUCGAGCAGGACCCGGGCUCUGCUGACGACGCCGGCGACUUCCAGCCGGAUGCCUCGUCACUCGUUUUCCUGCCGGCCGGCGCCCCACCUCCUCCUCCACCUCCACCGCCACCGCCGCCUCUUCCAUCAUCACUGGGUGCUCAGCUGACGGGAGUCGGCCCCCCACAGCCCCCUGCGCCGCCUCCUCCUCCUCCUCCACCUCCUCCGCCCCCGGUGGGCAUGGCCGCCCACCCAGCACCACCGCCCCCUCCGGGGCCCCCGCCCGUGCUGCUCGGAGGCGCCUUCCAGCCGCCCGGCUCCCCCGGGCCACCUUCUCCACCCCCCUGCUCCUCCUCGUCUGUGUUUGCGUGCCCCCCGGCCACCCCUGUGCCGCCGCCACCGCCCCCCCUUCCGGGAUUCACAGCGGCAGCAGCAGCAGCAGCAGCCGCCUCCCAGCAGCAGCAGCAACAGGCUGAGGACGGGCCCUGCUUGACGGGCUUGGCUGCUGCCCUAAGCUCGGCGCGCCUUCGCAAGGUUUACCGGUCCGAAGAUGGUGGGGUGGCCGUGUCCAGCCCGGGCUCGUCCCGAGGGGAGGGGUCCCGUGUGCCUGUGCCGCUUGUAGGAGGUGGCCUCAUGGAAGAGAUGAGCGCCCUGCUGGCACGCAGGAGGAGGAUUGCCGAAACGGGGACCUCGUCUGAGAAAGUUGACCCAAAAGAUGAAAAACUGGAGGAGGUGGAGGCUGGAGGUGGAGCGAGGAGCUCCACUCCCGUGAGCACCGCAGAUGUGAGCAGGAGGACAUGGGAGAGGAGCAACGCUGUCGCUGGAAACAAAUCCCCCGUGAUCGCCAGGACAAAAUCUAUAACCAAUGGCGGAUCCUCCAAUGGUGCAGCACCCGAAACGGGAAACGAGCGACUCAAGCAUGAGAUAAUGGAGGAGAUGAGGAAAGAACUACAAAAGGUCAAAGAAGAGAUCAUUAAUGUUAUUCGAGAGGAGCUCAACCGACUCAGCACGUCGUGAGAGGGCAGCAGAGUCUCGAAUAUUCGAGCAAAAAGUGCCAAAUUGUGACGGCGGUUAAUUUUGGUUGCGCUGGCAGCCACUGGGUGUGAUCAGGUCACGAUUGGGUAGAUGAAGGUUUUAGGAGUUUCAGGGACGUGCGCAUGUCCCCUGCGCGAGUGGCGCCAGCUAGCUCACAACAUGGCGGGAGGAGACUAUAUCUUAGUUUGACCUCCCUUCGCAUAGCCGGAUUUAAAGUCGCCUCCACCGUAGCGUUCCAGGGACAACUCGCAGCAGCGGAGCCCAAGCAUGAGGUCUGUCAGGUUCAACAAGCCUGCCUUGCCUGGUCCACAAGGCAUUGCAAUGAGGCUGCUGCCUCUAACGUCCUUGAUCCUGACUGGGGAAAUAAUAAAUACCGUUAUAAUAAUAUAGAUGUACCCUGGUGGUCACUCGUCCAAUGUGGGAGGGCUGGGGUAGGCUUGUGCGUGUUAAAUUGUCGUAAGAAUCACAAACUCCAUUGGGGGACAGUAAUUGAAUAAGUACACUCGGAGUCGUUUUUAAUUCAGUUGAGAGCGAUUUUAAAGUGCCGGUAUGAGGGCCUGUGAUGGCAAAAGCGCUGGUCAGGCGGUGCGAUUCAUCACUCUCUGCUUACACGAGGGUACUGCCACUGCCCAGGCAUGGCACGUUCCGCGCAGGCGCGUUAAUCUCAGCUGCAAUGCCACUGAUGAAAUGUACGGGAUCCAAAUUUCACUAAUACUAGAAAAGUAAAUAAAAAAAUCACUCACACUUUAUCGCUAUAAGUUUUUAAAUUAAUCACGUGACAAUAACAAAUCACAACCACCACUUCAAGUUCUAAAACCCAUGCUUUAGUUAGAAAUUAUGGAGAGAGGAAAAAAAACAUAAAGAACAAAAAAAAUAAUUUUUGUUACAUGCCAAAACACUUUAAUAUUGCUGUAGCUCACCGCUUCAUGUGUGUUUCUGUGAAGGAAGAUAACUAUUAAUAACGAUAGACAAGUCACGUACUGCUCUAACUGAUGUUUACAUUUUGCGUUGUUGAAGCCACUAAACGCUUGUUUUUUGUGUGUGGACCAGAAACAAAACUCGUUUCUUCUUACAAGAAAAAACAGCUGUCGGGCAGCGCGAGUCGUGUGUCAUGAGGGGCUCUGAGCUGAGUAUCUUCACUCAAAGUACUCCCGUCACAAGCAGGCUUUUGUUAAAAUAUUGCGUUAGUACUAUUUUAUUUUUAAAAAUAACAAUUAGACGUUUUUGCAGUUUAAGCAGCCGCAGGUGUUUACGGAAAAUACAAUUU